AUAAAGAUAAUACGUUAAGCUAUGGUGAAACAUUGACAUCAUCACAUGUGCUCGGCCGCUGUGCGAAAUGAGCUCCAAAAUAUCCCACAAAGUUGACAAAUCAAUUCUAAACAAAUUUUGGCAAUUAGCAGAAUGUAACCAGACAAAGAUAAUACAGGCUUCAAAAGGGCUGAUCGAAGAUCUUAGCCUUCGGCAGGUGGAUGAGUCUACAGGUAUCAGUGAGGAGCUGCAAUAUUCCAUUAGCAGACUUGUAAAAGGUCUAGCCUCUAGUCGACAGUCUGCUAGACAUGGUUUUUCUGUGGCACUCUGUCAGAUCCUUCGAAACUUUCCAAGCAUAAAUGUGGACAUGAUACUUGGUGCUGUUGCCGAACAUCUAAAGUUUACGCAGAAGGAAUCACGAUCGGAGCAGGGAAAUAUUUUACUUGGAAAAGUUCUAGCCUAUAUGGCUUUGGUGCAGUCUGGCCGAAUAACAAGUGCCACUCAGGAACAUGUACAAAAAAUAGUCCAGAGUCUGGUGCAGGUUUGCCAGAAGAGGUCAUUCCUGAAACAGAUCUCUACAUAUGCCAUAUCCCUCAUUGUCUCCCAGGUAAAUACAGAAAUCUUCAAAGCAGCAGUAUGGUCGGAGAUAGAGGCUGAGCUGACCCAGGGGUGGACAGGCUGCUCUCCUGAUACCCUCAUGUUACUACUGGCUUGUCAGAAGUACCACCCGAAAAUGGUAGACAAGACAUUUUUGAAGACAUAUUGGGGGUUACCAAAAGUAUUCUGUGCAGAGAAUCUCAAAAACAUUUGGAAUGUUUUAAAGCUCUCCAUUGAAUUUUUCCCUGUGGUACAUUUGAUAAAUGAUGAGGUUAUUCAUCAGCUGUCUACUUCAAAGAUUUCCUUUACUGAUUUCUGGACAGAAGGAAGGGAUCUCUUGUUUGGUAAAGAGCACCACUCGGCAGUCAAUGUGGGGCUCUACUUGAUGACAAAAAUGUUACCCCACCUUAAAACACCAGAGGAAAUCGAGUGCCUGUUACCAGCUAAUGUGGUCAAAGUUUUAGUGAAAGUAAUUGAUGGAAAGCAGAAGAAAAAGAACCCUGUUUAUGAAUCAGCUACUAGAUUUAUAAAUGGCUUAGUCACAUAUGUGAAAUCCUCAGAAAAUGCAGAGAACUCCAUAAAAGUUCUGCACUGUUUCUUUGAAACUCAGUGCCCAAAAGGAACCCACCUUACCAGGUCACUGGACACAAUUAUUCAGUCUCUCAGCUCAGAAGCAGCUAAGAAAUAUGGAGAGAAUUUAAUGAAAGUGUUUAAGAAAUACAUUAAAGACCCCCGAGAGAAUAUGAUGGGGAUCCAACACGUGGCCACUCACAUCCGGACCCUGGUGACCCUCCCUAGCACCUCAGGGGACCACGCCUGGCAGCUCCACCUCCUACAGUUCCUUGGCCUCCACUCCUUCUGGACAGUCAAGGCCAAGUCAUCAGCACUCCCUCAUUGUUCAUAUUGCACACAACCAAUGGAGGACAAGCUCAGAAAGCCAUUCCAGGAUAAUUUUUUAAAGGCACUAAGCAACCUGCUUAUUUAUAACACAGAAAAAUCAAAGACCUCAUCUCUGGAUGCCUACCUAGAUACAGUUUGUCAGCUUUGUAAAUAUUUUCAGGAUUUAGUAGAAGCUUCAGAAGUUGUAUCUUUAGUUGUGGAUUUCCCAGAGGAUGAAAGGGAACAGUGGGUGAAAACAGUGGUGUGUUUACUCGGAAUGCAGGAAAAGAGUGCAGCCAAAAGUCCAGAGAGGUCUGAUCUGCACAGAGCCUUCAUGCUGCUGUUUGUGUUCCAUGCUCUCCAUCUGUUUAUGUCCAAAGAGAAUGCUGUCAGCGCCUUACAGGACAUUCAUGUCUGUUAUAACAAGGCUGUUAAACACAAGAGAAGAUCCACUGUCAAGUCUGCCAAAUCAGAGCCAGAAUGGAUAGAGGUAGUGACGGAGCUUCUGCUGAGUAUGAUGUCCCAGGGCUCCAACUUUGCCCGUCUUGCUGCCAAGACGACCUUCAGCUGUCUGACGGACCAUGUCACACCCGAUUCAUUGGGGCUGAUCACUGAUGUGCUCAAGUUGGAGAAAGGAGAUGAGAAUGAACUAAUCAGCUUUGAGGAUGAGGAUGAGAAUAUGAUGGAAAAUGCCUCAGAUAUGGAAGUUGGAGAUGAAGAAAAUGGGCUUUCAGAAGAAGAGAAGGAUAUUGAAGAAGAGAAAAGUGAAGAAGAUUCUGGGGAUGAGGAUGAGUCUGAGGAAGAGGAAGAAGAAGAAGAGGAGGAAGGAGAGGUGGAUGAGGAAUUCAGGAAUGCUGUCAAGUCUGCUCUGGGAGAUGCAGUGGAUAAAUCAGAUAGUGAGGAGGAGUCUGAGCCUGACUUAGAUGAUGAUGAUAUGUUUAAAUUUGAUGAAGCCUUGGCACAAGUAUUCAAGAACAUGAGAAAAACAAAGGAGGCUGAGGCCAAAGAAAACAAGAAGCAGCUUCUGGCCUUCAAAUCCAGAGUACUGGAUUUAGUUGAAAUCUUGGUUAAAAGUCAACCUCCUGCAGAUCUGACACUGGAUCUGAUAUUUCCUCUACUGGAGCUGGUGGCCAGUACAGAGAAGCACAAAGAGGGCCCUGAACUGGACCUGGGAAAGAGGGCAGGCAACAUGUUCCGAAUGCUAUACAAGAAAGCAAAGAUACAUGGCAAUGUGGCUGUAUCUAGAGAUCGCUACCUGCAGGCCCUAAACAACGCUAUACAGUUUUCAACAAAAGUAACAACCAAACAAAUUGUAAAUGAUGUCUCUGAUGCCUGUCUACUUGUGAUAAGGUUGUUAAUGAACUUAGAUCUAGGAAGUCUUGGACCAUCUCCAAUGAAAACCAGAUCAGGAAAGGCUCAGAAAGAGAAGAAGGUUGAGAUGGAAAGGGACCAGGAUUCAGUUCAUCAGUUGGUCAUUGAUUCAGUUCAGUCAAAUGUGAAGGAUUUUCUACAGAAAAAAAAACAGAAACUUCACACAGAAUUCUUCUACAACAUGUUUAGCAAGUUUCCUGUCUUGUUUUGGCCAAUCACAGAAACCCUACUGACCACAAUGCAGGAUGAUCAAGCCAAGGUCUUCAUGAAGACUCAAGCUUGCUACCUGUUGUCGGGGAUGCUGAACAAGGAUGUUGAAAAGAAUAUAGGGGAGGAAGCAUGGAAUGAAUUUUCCCUUUCUCUGAUAGCUGGCAUUUCAAGGAUAAUGCGAGGUAUUACCAAGGAAGCUUUUCCCACCAAACUGAUACACGAUGUUUGUGUCACCAUGAGGAAGUACCUGUUCAGCUCCCAGAAACCUCUGGAAAUAUCGUCGGAGAUCACUGAAAAGUUGGAGAGUCUGCGAGGUUCCUUCAACACCGACAUCCGCAAAGAGUACAACAUGAUGAUGGGGAAACUUGGGAAGACGGCUAAUGUGAAUCAGAAUAAACAGGCCAAAAAAAGGAAAAACAAAGAAAAGGUAGCCUUGAGUGCUCAGACACCUGAAAGCAAGAAAGCCAAGCAGAGUCAAAUAGAAGACAUUGCGAGUCCUGUUGUUAAAAAAAAGACUAACAAGGGAAAGCAGACUGUGCAUGGAACAGUGAAGCAGGGGUCCCAAACAGGGAACUCCAGCUUUGAGCCAGACCCGAAAGCCAGCUUAAAAAAGAAAAACUCGGAAUUAGAUACCCCAGGGGGUAGUGGCAAGUCUAAGAAAAAGAAAUUCAACAAGAAAAAUGACUCCAUUACUGAAUAAAGCUGUUAAUUUUGAAAUCUA